AUGGAUGGAUCUAACAUUCAAUUGCCAUAUUCAUCACAACCACCACCUCUUAUCAAUGGUGGUUCUACAUGGUCAUUACCUAGGGCAACAUAUGUUUCUGAUCCUCUUUUACAGACUCCUCAAACUUAUUUACCAAUUGUUCUUCCUCAUUCUCAAGGAAUUGGGCCCACACAAGGUUGGAGCACUUACAUGGGAAGUUUGAGCUCGGUAAGUUCAGGCAGCAUCUAUGAUGGCCCAGGCAGCAUUGAACAGCCCUAUUCCUCUGGUUCUACUAAUCUGCCCGAACGGCCUGGGGAACCAGAAUGUUGUUAUUUUAUGCACACUGGAAACUGCAAAUACGGAUCAGACUGCAAAUAUUAUCAUCCAAAGGAAAAGAUUGCUCAACUUGCUGCUAGCUCUUUGGGCCCACUUGGCCUUCCACUAAGACCUGGAAGUAUAAAACGGGGGCAAGCAGUGUGUUCAUAUUAUAGUCUUUAUGGAAUCUGCAAGUUUGGGCCAACUUAUAAAUAUGAUCACCCUUUGAUGGGGUACUCAUACAACUACAGCACGAGUCUACCUAAUGCUAAUGCUAAUGCACCAUCUUUGUUCCCAUAUGAAGGGGUGAAUUCGUCAACACUUCAUUCUUCAGGGUCUUCCCCGUCAAAGUCAUCUAAAAAUGAAGGUGCUAAAACCCCAGGAGGUGGUUCACCUUCACCUUCGCCUCAACGUGCUGCAUCUCCAUCACAUUUAGAAUUGGGUUGUGUUUUUGAGAGAUGA